AUGGUGAACAAUGCAAGGAGACGAGGAGCAGGCAGUCAGGUUAGCUCAGGGCAUCGGGUGAGCUGUGUCUUCCCGGCGGCUGGGCCGGUCUCAAACAGCCUUGUCUCAACCCUACCGACCGUCACUUUGCGCAGGGCGGGGCAGAAUAAUCCAUCUACCCAGGGAGAUCUCCUUGAUUUCCUCAGAUUCUGGUACGGAGAAUCGGACACUUUCACCCUGUCUAAUGUUGAAGUUCUUGAAGAAACGGCAGGUUCACGCAACGAAAUGACGAGCCAACCGCGUCAAGUGGAUCCCAAGGAUCUUGUUCCUGGCCCCGUCACUGACGAUUCUAGAGGUGCCGCUGGACAUGCAGCUCUAACAAAAGAGCCUUCAGACAGCCUCUCAGGGGGUCAUCAAUGGAUGAUCAGGCCAUUUGCUGAUCCAAUGUCCUAUCCAGCCUAUCCUAACCGUGUACUUGGGGAUCCACAGACCAUCGCCCGCCGAAAGCGCCCUCUGGAGUCUGUCUCGCCUGGGUUUCGCACCCAUUUGUCUGGUAGUCCUGGAAAUGGCGAUAUCGUAACCUGCCGAGCGUGUCUCGAUCCACUGGAGGACCCCAUCUCCCUAAAUUGUGGCCAUUGCUACUGUCGACCUUGUCUGAAUCAUCUUGUCAGCGUUGGUAUCGCCAACAAAAUGUCGUGGCCUCCAAAAUGCUGCGGUGGUUGGCAGCCCGUAGACGUGGGCUCACUUCACCAGUAUCUUGACCAAGAAGUUUUCGCUCGCUAUCUUGAUGUGCAGGAAGAAUACUCAAACCCCAACCCGGUCUACUGUUCAAACAAAUUCUGCAGUCGUCACAUUCCCUUGAGCCAGAUCCAGAACACCACGGGAAAGUUCGUUUUGUGCAGCAAAUGUGGUGUCCAAACCUGUACCGAAUGCAAACAAGGACACGGCGGCCAUGUCGGGGAUGGUGGAACCACCUGCAAAGGUCUUGAGGAUCUCAUGGAUGUGAGAGAUCGCCAACUUGCUAGAAGUAAGCAAUGGAAGCAAUGUCCUGGCUGCAAGAAUCUGGUCGAGAGAAUUGACGGCUGCAGCAACAUGAAUUGCUCGUGUGGGUCGCGUUUCUGUUACAAAUGUGGAGUGAACAUGAGCAACACAGCUUACUGUCGCUGUCGUGGGUCUUUGGAUGAAACUGACCUAUUGAGGCAACGUCGACGCGAUCUCCGCAAGAAGCGAGCAUCAAGAAAGGUUCCUUCAAGCCUUGAUUCUUCCGAACCGGACGCAUCUUCGUCGUCCACUCCGCUCUCUAAAGAGCAAUCUUUUCCCUGGGAACGAUCCGAUCCGCCUAAAUUACCUCCUAGACGUAUUCCUCGACUUGCCUCCAAAGCCCUCUGUCGUAGAGGUGCGUCCCGACUCUCUAGGACAGAUGCUCUCGUGAAUGCACCAAGGCCGGAAGAGAUCACUCAACCACAACCUCCGUUAUAUGCUUCUCUGGCUCGAGCGCCGCAAAUCGAGGACGAACUAAACAAGACGAACUCCGGAAAUCAAGCUGUCUCACCAGAAGUGACAUAUGGCCACUUGAAGCCGAUUUUGGGGCCUUCUAGUGCGUCUGGUUAUUUCCCGAAUUCAGGUGGAAGCAAUGCAACUUGGUCGGCAGUACCCCCAGUGCCACUAAUACCCGAUCCUUUCUGGUCUACCCCGGUUCCAGGUGUAUUGCCAGAAAACCCGUACGUUGAAAGCACGAUGCCAUGCUUAUCAUACGCGUCCCUUCCACAAAAGCCUCCCGACUUAUCAAAGUUUGUUUUACACGAUGCCGACCUACCUCCGCAGUCUGGACAUAUGGAUCUGCCAAGAGUCGACGAAAAGUUGGGAGUGGAUUUCGGAGGCUUCGAUUGGGAUGCCUGCCAUUGGCCGCGAUGA